AUGGCCGCCACGAUCCAGUCCGUCAAGGCCCGCCAGAUCUUCGACAGCCGCGGCAACCCCACCGUCGAGGUUGAUGUGUGCUGCUCAGAUGGAACCUUCGCCAGGGCCGCUGUUCCCAGCGGUGCAUCAACUGGUGUCUAUGAAGCUUUGGAGCUGAGGGACGGUGGAUCUGACUACUUGGGCAAGGGUGUUUCCAAGGCUGUUAACAAUGUGAACUCCAUUAUUGCACCUGCUUUGGUCGGCAAGGACCCUACCGCUCAAACUGAGCUCGACAACUUUAUGGUUCAGCAGCUUGAUGGAACCAAGAAUGAGUGGGGUUGGUGCAAGCAAAAGCUUGGUGCUAAUGCAAUCCUGGCUGUGUCACUAGCUGUUUGCAAAGCUGGAGCCAGCGUCAAGAAGAUUCCGCUGUACCAGCACAUUGCCAACCUUGCUGGCAACAAGCAAUUGGUUUUGCCUGUUCCUGCAUUCAAUGUCAUCAAUGGUGGAUCCCAUGCUGGAAACAAGCUUGCUAUGCAGGAGUUCAUGAUCCUUCCUACUGGAGCUGCCUCAUUCAAGGAGGCAAUGAAGAUGGGUGUUGAAGUGUACCACAACUUGAAGUCUGUUAUCAAGAAGAAGUAUGGACAAGAUGCCACCAAUGUUGGAGAUGAAGGUGGUUUUGCUCCUAACAUUCAGGAGAACAAGGAGGGCCUUGAGCUCUUGAAGACUGCAAUUGAAAAGGCUGGAUACACCGGCAAGGUUGUCAUUGGAAUGGAUGUUGCUGCUUCAGAGUUCUACAAUGACAAGGACAAAACCUAUGACCUCAACUUCAAGGAAGAGAACAACGAUGGUUCCCAGAAGAUAUCUGGAGAUAGCCUGAAGAAUGUAUACAAGUCAUUCGUGAGCGAGUACCCCAUUGUGUCGAUUGAGGACCCAUUUGACCAGGAUGACUGGGUGCACUAUGCUAAGAUGACUGAAGAAUGUGGAGUGGAAGUUCAGAUUGUUGGUGAUGACCUUCUAGUCACCAACCCAACCAGAGUUGCAAAGGCAAUCAAGGAGAAGUCAUGCAAUGCUCUUCUGCUGAAGGUUAACCAAAUUGGAUCCGUCACUGAGAGUAUCGAGGCCGUGAAGAUGUCAAAACAUGCUGGUUGGGGUGUGAUGACCAGUCACAGGAGUGGUGAGACUGAGGACACAUUCAUUGCUGAUUUGGCUGUCGGUUUGUCCACGGGUCAGAUCAAGACUGGGGCUCCCUGCCGCUCAGAGCGGCUUGCCAAGUACAACCAGCUUCUGAGGAUCGAGGAGGAGCUGGGCGCUGCCGCUGUGUAUGCCGGCCUCAAGUUCCGCGCACCGGUGGAGCCAUACUAG